CAGUCUGCAAAAUGCUAGGAUUGUUCUCCGGGCCCGGCGAUCCUCUACAGUUAACAGGGUACCCUUUUUUGCCUCCCCCCCCCACAUGCCCUGCUAGGGAGGGAGCCUCCAAAAAAUGUCGACCGGCGGCACCCUCAGUAACUACUAUGUGGAUUCUAUCAUAGGCCACGACAGCGAGGACGUUUACGGCGGCGGAGGGGUCGGCGGCGGAGGGGCCGGCCGGUUCUUGCGGGGAGGUCACCACGCGACCCCCAGGCCGUCCCCAGGUGUGGUGGCCGAGGGCUCGGAUUUUGCCUCCUGCAGCUUUGCGCCCAAGUCCGCCGCCGUCUUCUCCGCCUCGUGGUCCGCUGUCCAUCCGCAGCCUUCGGCGCCCAUGCAGGGCAUCUACCACCCUUACUUGCCCCAGCCAUACUUAGGGGGGCCGGGCGAGGGCGGCAGAGGCAGAUACGUGCGCUCCUGGAUCGAUCCCUUCGCCUCUUUCCCCAGCAGCCCCGGCACCGGCGGCGGCAGCAGUAACAACGCCAACGUCUCCGCCGCCGGCCCCGCGGCCAGGCUCGCUCCCGCCUGCACCGGCGCUGGUUCCUCCAGCGGGCGCCACUACGGGAUCGCCAAGCUCGAGACCGCCGCCGCCUCUCGUUCCAUAGGCCCCCCUUCCACUUCCAAGGCCGCCACCGUCUCCUCCUCCUGCGCCUCCGAUUCUCCUUCCAAGAGAACUGGGUGCUCCUCGUCCACGGAGCCCUCGGGGAUCCAAGGGCCCGAGUACACGUGUAAUCCCUUCCUGGCAGAACCCCGAGAGGAGGCGGCAGCAGCCAGAGCAACGAGCCACGGUUCUCACCCCAUCCCCAGCGCCGCCGCCGCCGCCAGCACCAAGCCAGCCUCUGGUUGCAGCCGCAAUCCCAGCCCCAGCGGCGAUCUGAAGGAGGAGAAGCAGCAGCAGCAACUUGACCCAAAUAACCCCGCUGCAAACUGGAUUCACGCUCGUUCCACGAGGAAAAAGCGUUGCCCUUACACAAAAUUCCAAACUCUGGAGCUGGAAAAAGAAUUCCUCUUUAAUAUGUACCUCACCCGCGAUCGCCGUUAUGAAGUGGCUAGGAUUUUAAACCUGACAGAGAGACAAGUCAAAAUAUGGUUUCAGAAUCGGAGAAUGAAAAUGAAAAAGAUGAACAAGGAAAAAGGCAAUAAAGGGGACUAGCGCCUUGGAUGUGUGUGUGCCGGUGUUUGUGGAAAUGUGCUGGGAUUUCUGUGAAAGCAGCCACGCAU